AUGGAUUUUCGCAGCGUCAGAUGGAGGAAGGCUCUGCCGCUGUGCCUAGCUCUUGUGGCUCUGCAAGCAUGCCUCCCUGCUCGCGCGGCGGCUCCGAAGACUUACAUCGUCCAGAUGGCCUCGUCUGAGAUGCCGAGCUCGUUCGAUUUCCACCACGAAUGGUACGCAUCCACUGUGAAAACCGUGAGCUCUGUGCAGCUGGAAGGAGACGCGGGCGACCCGUACUCGAGGAUCGUCUACAACUACGGGACGGCGUUCCAUGGCUUCGCGGCGAAGCUAGACGAGGACGAGGCCGAGCGGAUGGCCGAGGCUGACGGCGUGGUGACCGUGCUUCCGGAGACGGUCUUGCGGCUGCACACCACCAGGAGCCCGGACUUCCUGGGCAUCAGCCCGGAGAUCAGCAACAGCAUAUGGUCUGCCGGCCUGGCCGACCACGACGUCGUCGUCGGCGUGCUCGACACCGGCAUCUGGCCUGAGAGCCCCAGCUUUAGCGACAAGGGCCUCGGCCCUGUGCCGGCCAAGUGGAAGGGCCUGUGCCAGACCGGCCGCGGCUUCACCAUAGCCAACUGCAACCGCAAGAUCAUCGGCGCGCGCAUCUUCUACAACGGCUACGAGGCCUCCUCGGGCCCCAUCAACGAGACGGCAGAGCUCAAGUCUCCGCGGGACCAGGACGGCCACGGCACGCACACCGCGGCCACCGCCGCGGGCGCGCCCGUGCCGGACGCCAGCCUCUUCGGCUACGCCAGCGGCGUCGCCCGUGGCAUGGCGCCCCGCGCCCGCGUCGCGGCGUACAAGGUGUGCUGGGCGGGGGGCUGCUUCAGCUCUGACAUCCUGGCGGCCGUCGACCGCGCCGUGGCGGACGGCGUCGACGUGCUCUCCAUCUCCCUAGGCGGCGGCUCGUCCCCCUACUUCCGCGAUAGCCUGGCCAUCGCGUCGUUCGGUGCCAUGCAGAUGGGUGUGUUCGUCGCCUGCUCAGGCGGCAACGCCGGCCCGGACCCCAUAAGCCUCACCAACCUGUCGCCGUGGAUAACCACGGUGGGCGCGAGCACCAUGGACCGGGACUUCCCGGCCACGGUGACGCUCGGCAACGGCGCAAACAUCACCGGCGUUUCACUCUACAAAGGCCGGCGAAAUCUUUCAUCCAAGGAGCAGUAUCCGCUGGUCUACAUGGGCGGCAACUCGAGCAUCCCUGACCCCAGGUCCCUGUGCCUGGAGGGGACACUCCAGCCCCACGAAGUCGCUGGAAAGAUUGUGAUUUGCGACCGCGGCAUUAGUCCUCGGGUGCAGAAGGGUCAGGUUGUCAAGAACGCCGGUGGCAUGGGCAUGAUACUCGCCAACACACCGGCAAACGGCGAGGAGCUUGUCGCCGACAGCCACCUCCUGCCUGCGGUGGCCGUUGGGCAGUCUGAAGGCAUUGCCGCCAAGAAGUACAGCAAAACCGCCCCAAAACCAACCGCGACGCUCAGCUUCGACGGGACGAAGCUUGGGAUCCGCCCAUCGCCAGUCGUCGCCGCGUUCUCGUCCCGGGGACCGAACUUCCUGACCCUGGAGAUCCUCAAGCCGGAUGUCAUCGCGCCCGGCGUGAACAUCUUGGCGGCAUGGAGCGGCGACGCCAGCCCGUCGAGCUUGUCCAGCGACCGCCGGCGGGUCGGGUUCAACAUCCUGUCGGGGACGUCCAUGUCGUGCCCGCACGUCGCCGGCGUGGCUGCGCUGAUCAAGGCAAGCCACCCGGACUGGAGCCCCGCGAAGAUCAAGUCCGCGCUGAUGACCACCGCGUACGUCCACGACAACACGUACCGGUCGCUGAAGGACGCGGCCACCGGCAAGGCGUCCACGCCGUUCGAUCACGGAGCUGGGCACAUACACCCGCUGCGCGCUCUCAACCCUGGCCUGGUCUACGAAAUCGGCCAGGACGACUACCUCGAGUUCCUCUGCGUGGAGAACCUGACGCCGUUGCAGCUCAGGUCAUUCACCAAGAACUCGAGCAAGACAUGCAAGCACACCUUCAGCUCGCCGGGUGACUUGAAUUAUCCGGCCAUCUCCGCGGUCUUCGCGGAGCAGCCAUCUGCUGCGCUGACGGUGCGUCGCACCGUGACGAACGUUGGUCCGCCAUCUUCGACUUACCAUGUCAAGGUUACAGAGUUCAAAGGCGCAGACAUUGUCGUCGAACCAAGCACCCUGCAUUUCACAAGCUCGAAUCAGAAGCUGACCUACAAGGUGACGAUGACAACCAAGGCUACCCAGAAGACACCGGAGUUCGGAGCGCUGUCCUGGAGCGACGGCGUCCACAUCGUCCGGAGCCCCCUCGUCCUCACAUGGCUGCCACCAAUGUGA